CUUGGACAUACGAGUGAAAAUCUCAAAUGCGUCUCUGCAUCUCUCGACGCGGGCUCCAACAAAAACCCUCAUUGCGCGAGGGAGCCUCCCAGAAAAUGGAAGCCGCAGGUCAACCAUCUUACGCGAAAGUGGGUGAAAGGCUUGGGGCUAGGAAGCUGGAAAGAGGCCCAGGCUGCUGGGUGCCGACUUCCAUGAGGUGGCAGGGAGCUGACUGCUCAACCAAAAACGGGAAGGUGCAGGGGGGAAAUAACCAGGUGCUGGGUUUGUCACGCACUUUUGGCUUUUCAGCCUUGCUCAACCUAAGAUCCGAGGGCUGAAAAAGGGGGAAAAAAGCAGCCGCAAUCUCAGCUUUCUUUUCUUCCUUUCCUCCCUUCUUCCUCGGCGGCACAGCUGCUGACCCAUUGCCCCUUUGGACUUUUUGCAUUUCGGAUUCGCGUUGCCGCUUUGGGAGCGAGCGAUUGCCCCUGCGACUGCGGAGAAGCGAGAUGGCGGGCCCCAGCUGUCACAUUCCUGCCAGACAGAAAAGAUGGAAGCCGCAGAGUACGAACGCCGAAGCAGGGGGUUGGUGCUCGAUCCAGGUCGACCCCAUCUCGUUUCAAAUACACGCCCAUCACCAACGGCCCAACAUUGUGAUGGCCCUGCGAGCUGGGACGGUGAUGGACGAAAUCCACACCCGACGCGACCUCCCGUGGAUUGAUCAGCCUCCAAUCAAGGGCUAGGUCCCUGGGUCCCUGGGUCCAGGAAUGGAGGCCGCUGUGCAAGCAGUCCUCUUGGCCUGUUGGGCGCCGAGAAGCCCGACGUGCUGUCUUGGCAGUCUCUAGAUGUUCGGAUUUGCAAACUCCUCUGCGCUUGCGCUGCCGGUAUUCCGGUUGAUGCCUGUCGUGAUUCACCUUGUUUUCUUUUUUUUCCUCGUUGCCCGCGGCUCGUUCGGCAUCAGAGUUUGCAUGCAUGGAGGGUCAUGGACAGGAGACAAGAGGAGUGCGCAGUCACAUGACUUGUCAUAUUGUCACCUACCUUGCGCACUUCCGAGCCAGAAAGCUUCGAGAAGCCGGCCCAGAUUCUGAUUCCUUUCCUGCUCCCUAUCCCAUUCCCUACACUAGGUAGUAGGUAUUCCCCUCCCCACUCUCUUCCUCUUUUCUUUCCCCUGAAGGAGUGCAGACUUUUUAUCUGGGGAACGUGCUACCUCGAGGGUGUCCGUGCUGUUGCACUGUCUGAUUCUCUUGUCUCGAUUUCGUCCCACUUAUCUCAGGCCACUGUUCUGAAUCCUGUCGUGCCUGUUUCUGUUUCUCUCGCUUUCGCCUCUCACUCUAUUCGUGAAACACAGUCUUUAUCAGAAUCGAAAGACUCGCAGCUCCUUGUCUCCUCCUUUACGCCCUUGACGCUACCGUCCGCGGCCGUCGGAGUGGAGAGCCGACCAAUGCUCAAAACCUUGCCUGCCGCCUCGCAUCGAGAGUCUGGGGCUUCCACUCGCACCGCAUGGCAGCCAUGACGCCUCCCCGCAUCCAGCCCCAGACACCGCCGCUGAUAGAUAGUGAUAAGGCCAUCUCACUAAUACUGACAUGAGUGGACCGUCGCAUUACCCACCGGGGAGCUGCAGAUAAGGCGCCGCGGCCGAGCACACGACCGCCUUACUCCUUUAUCUGCGGGCCUUGCCCCGAUGGAACGCCGUCGUAGGCAUUGAGGCAGAGACGAACGCCUCCUAUCUGCCGGUGGAGGCACGGUGGAAGUACGCCAGUCAGAGACGGCGGGGACUCUCCCAGCUUUGAGUACUGGCGAGUCCAUCGGAUCGGUCCCCUCCACAUCCCACACCGGGCCCUAUCGCGCAUGCGGAGAUGCAGGUUGAUACACAUUGGGGCUGCAGGGCGUCUGCAGUGGGCGUCUCAUUUCAUCUUAUGCCUGCCUGUCUGCCACUGCUGCUGCUGCUGCUGCUGCUACUCCUGUCACUCCCAUCAAAAGCGGCUAUCCGGGCCUCUUCAUCCCAUUCGCCGGUGAACCUCCAGCCCGCCGCCGCAUCACCGAGCAGUGACUUUCCUCCCCUACCGUAAUCUUCGCCUCUUACUAUUUCCUCCAAACCUACCUGUAUGAGGCCAGGCUAUCUAUAUAUAGAUCCCAGUAAACACUCAGGGACACCACACAAAGCCAUCAAGGUCGACGGUAUAUAGCCUGUACCAGGCCGGGGAUAACAAAAAAAAGCUACCACCGCCCUGCCUACCCCCAUGGCCGCGACGGACCGCGCCGACCGCCAUGGCGCCCCCGGGGAGAAGACAUUGACCACGGGAACCGGCGCUAGCAGGGGAUCGGACUCGGAGCUCGGCUACGUGGGGCCCGAGAACGCGGUGCACGGCGCCGAGCUGGCCGCCGGCCAAAGCUGGUACGCCCGGGCCCAGCGCUACGUCGGCCGCUUCGGCGUCGAGCAGCGCGGCGUCGAGCGCGUGCCCACUGACGAGCGCUCCGACUCGGACAUGAGCCACAUCGGGAGCUUGUGGCUGUCGGCGAACAUGACCGUCUCGACUUUUGCCAUCGGCGUGCUUGCGAGGCCCGUAUUCGGCCUCGGCUUCGUCGAUGCGGCCCUCACCAUAAUUCUAAUCAAUAUCCUCGGCAUAAUGCCCGUGUGCUUCUUUGCAACCUUCGGACCCCGAUUCGGCUUGAGGCAGAUGAUGCUAUCGAGGUUCUUCUUUGGCUUCCAGGGCGUGAGGUUCAUUGCCAUCUUCAACAUCCUCGCCUGCCUUGGCUGGUCGUCAGUAAACGUCAUCGUGGGCUCGCAGCUCCUUCACGCCGUCAACCCCGACUUCCCGAGCUGGGCGGGCAUCCUGACCAUCGCGCUCUGCACCCUCGUCAUUACCACCUUCGGGUACCGCAUCGUGCACGUGUACGAGAAGUUCUCCUGGAUCCCCGUCUUCGCCAUCCUCCUCAUCGUCGCCGGCCUCUUCGGCCGCAGCGGCAGCUUCGACGGCCAGCUGGCCGCCCUGGCCGACACGCCCGCCGACCACGCCGGCGCCGUGCUGGGCUUCGCCGCCUCCGUCUUCGGCUUCGCCACGGGCUGGGCCUCGCUCGCCGCCGACUACACCGUCUACCAGCCGGCUGACCGGUCGCGGCCCGUCGUCUUCGCCUGGACGUUUGUCGGCCUCAUCAUCCCGCUGUGCUUCAACGAGCUCCUCGGCGCCGCCGUCAUGACGGCCUCGGCGACCGACCCCGCCCUCGCCGACGCCUACCAGCACGCCCACGUCGGCGGCGUCCUGGCCCACGUCCUCGUGCCGCCCCUCGGCCGCUUCGGCCAGUUCUGCAUGGUGGUGCUCGCGCUCUCCAUCGUGGCCAACAACUGCCCAAACAUCUACUCCGUCUCGCUGACCCUGCAGGUCACGGCGCCGCGCUCCCAGCGCGUCCCGCGCUUCGUCUGGGCCGUCGUCGCCACGUGCGCCUACGUGGCCAUCUCCAUACCCGGCUACGACAACUUCGAGGCCUGGCUCGAGAACUUCAUGGUCAUCAUCGGCUACUGGCUCGCCGUCUACGAGGGGGUGGCCCUGACGGAGCACUUUGUCUUCCGCCGCGGCUUCGCCGGCUACGACCCGGAGGACUACACGGAGCCCGACCGCCUGCCGCCGGGCUGCGCCGGGCUCGCAGCCUUUGCGUGCGGCGUCCUCGGCGCCGCCGUCGGCAUGAACCAGGUCUGGUUCACGGGCCCUGUCGGGAGGCUGGCCGGCGGGGCCGGCGGCGGCGACGUCGGCUUCGAGCUGGCCUUUUCCUUCUCGAGCCUGUCCUACGUGUUCCUGCGGGCCAUCGAGAAGAGGCGGUUCGGGAGGUAGCCGCGUGGCGCGUGGGUGUCCAGACUGGUUUAAAUAGCACGCCAUUAUACUCUGACGGGACCCCAUUCCAACUUGGUUGAAGAUGUACAUGACUGGGUUUAACUUGGCGAGGCACUCGCCGCGAGUAGAGUGGUAAUUAUAUGAUCACAAUAUCUGAACAAGUGAAAUGAGAGUCUCCCU